UAUUGACAAGUCGGGCAGAGCCAGCAGCCUCGCGCGAUGUCGGGAGAGCACCAGCCGCUUCUGGAGCCGCGGUCGUCUGACAGCCUGCGGCUCUCGGCUCUGUGGCGGACCGACUCGAUGCACGAAGGUAAGCCGCCGAUACCGCCGCUAGCAGGCGCGAGUCCGCUCAAGCCAGCGCCGAUCGGUCUCACAACAGCCGCGGCAAGACAGCAGCUUUGGCCGCCAUCGAGUCGCAGCUCUUGUCGUCGUCGGAAGCGCAGCGUAACCCACGUGGCCUCUUCUUUGGCAUCAUCGACACCUCCAUGCUCCUCUUGCUGCUGUGCAGCGCGACGCGGUUUGCUGCGUACGUCUGGAAUGCUCAGCGUCGGUCGACAAACGGCGAGUCGCCGCGGUACACGGAGCUGUUUGAAGGCAUCUUCCUUAGCAUCGCCGCGCUGCUCAACGGCCUUCUGAACGCAGCGCUCUCGCGGCGCGACCGGCGCGAAGUGGCCGAGCGCGUUCGGUAUGCAGUCAAGGUGCUCUACAAAGCGUCGUCGCCGACGAGUCCAAAAGAGUCGCGCAAGGACGCCAAAUUGUCGCCGUCGUCGUGCUACGUGGCGUGCUACCGCGACUCACAGUGGCAGUCGAUGCCAAUGAACCUGCUCGUCGACGGCGACGUGAUUGCACUCAUGAGCGGCGACGUCGUGCCUGGCCAGGUCCGCCUCUUGUACCCGACGUCGCCGACGCCGAUUCUAUACACGCGCGGGCAAAAGGUCGACGCGUUCUCGUCGACCAACUGCGUGACCGAGUCGCCGCGCAUCGACGCGACCUUCCAGCCCGACGUCAUCUUGCAUCUCUGCGGCGACAUGCACGUCUUUGUCAUGGAAGAGACGCCGGUGCUCCAAGACAUUUUCAACUCGAUCUUCAACGUCGCGCGGCCAUCCACCGCGCUCCAGACGCUGCAGGACGCCGGCCAUGUCUGUGCGCGCUACACGUGCGUCAUCUUCGCCCUCAUACUUCUGGGCUGCAUCGUCGUGCGCGCGUGGGUGCUGCCCGAACCGCUGCACCACGCGGUCAACCAUCUGUGCCUCGGGCCCGUCGGUCUCCUCCUCUGCUUUGUUUCGCUCCACGCCCCGUUUGUGUGGUUUCUCGGCGAGGCCGCGGCGACGGGGCACCUCCUUACGGCCUUUGAAGCGAUUCUGGCUGCCGAGCAAACCACGUCGUUUCAAGCGCCUUUGGACGAAGACGACAUGGACGUGUACGACGUCGAGGAGCGCGAGCAGUUUCGAUCAAGCAAGCUCCAGAAGGCCUUUACGGUCGAGCGGUCGUGGUACUACUUUUGGUCGACGCUCCAGUUUCGCUGCAUGGACUGCACGGACGCGCACCGCACGCGGUACCAUAAUGGGAAGAAGAGCAAGCUCACGAUUCCGUACUCGGGGCUGCGGCUGCUCGAGCGCCUCGGCAGCACAACCAUGCUGUGCUGCUUUGACGACGACAUCUUGUGCGAAGACGCGCCGUGUGUCGAAGAGAUUUUCCUCCUCAACGACGAAGCAACCAACUCGACGGUGCUCGACUUGCACCCGGAAGCGUCGUGCGUGACGGGCCUCAAAUUUGAAGACCCGAAAUGGCGCCUCCACCUUCCGUCGCUCAAGCCACUGGGCCUCGCCAUCCUCCUGAACGACUGCGAAGACCCCAAGACCGAGUACUUGACGACACUGCGGCACCUCUCGACACUGCCAACCGGCGUCGACGUGCAGCUGAGCCACCAAGCCGACAUUCAGCAGUGCUUGCUCCAGCUCUCGGGGCAUGUUCGCUUGCUGCCGUACCCGCGGCACCUCCUCAACCUCGCACGCGAGAUUGGGUUUCAGCCGGCCGAUUUGGACAAAUUCCAGAGACGCCGGUCCGUGCACGUGAUUGCGCCGCGCUUGGCGAUCGAAGAACAUACAAUGGACCACCACGCCCAAGGGCAAGAAGACACUCGGUACCGUGGCUACCUCAAAACGCACUUGUACUCGAACGUCGUGCUCGACAAACGGUCGCAUGGCCACCAGCUCCUCUCGCGCGGGCACCCGUCGCUCGUCGUGUCGCAAUGCGGCGAGUACUGGGACGGCAAAUCCAUUUGUCCGCUCAGCAGCGAGAAGCGCCGGCUGAUCCUCGACAUGUACAACCAGUGGCGCGUCGAGGACUUGGACUGCGUUGCGCUGACGUAUGCGCCGGUGGCGCAAAAGUUCAAUCCUCUCUUCGCCUCGAGCGCCUCGACGCUGCCAUCGGUGUUUCUCGUCGAAGACCACGCGGCCGGCGAGCUCACCAUGGACCCGAAGCAGCCAUGCACGUCGACCUCGUCGCCCGCGCGCGCCCAUGCGACCGAGCCGCGCUUUGCCGGCGCGCACACAAGUCCAUCGACGCCGCAGCAACGGUACCCGGUGCACUGGAACAAUGACGGCGCGUCGUCGACGGGCCACGCUGGCGGCGACGACCUCUGGAAGCUUCAGGAAGACCAGAUCUUUCUCGGCAUGGUCGCGUCCGGUGUGCAGCCGCGCAAGGGCAUCGUCGACCUCAUUGAGGACCUCACGGCGUCGGGCGUCCGGUUCGUGUACUUUUCGCCGCGCAACAUGCGCCGGUCCAAGCUGCUCGCGGAGAAGAUGGGCAUCGAAACCGAUUGGAACUGCGCGAUAAGUUUGCGCGACUCGGAGGGUCCGGACCCGCACCGCAUGACGUCCAACUACUCGGACUGGGACGUCAAAGCCCGUUUACCGCACGGCACGGCAGCGAUCCGUCGGCACCUCGAGACGGUCGACAAUGUGCCGCUGCUCGUGUCGCUCUACACGGACAGCACGCCCGAGACGAUCGAAGAGAUGAUUGGUAUCUUCCAGGAGAACCACGAGGUCGUCCUUGGCGUCGGCACGUCCCUGCGCGAGAGCAACGUGUCGCUCUUCUCGAAAGCAGACCUCGCGGUCGCGUUCGAGGGCAACCCAAAGACGCUGUUUGGAGACGAGCUCCCAAAGGGUCCGUUCUUACCCGUCUUUUCCGACGCCGACAUGGAGCUGAGCCAGAUCCUCAACACCCUUACGUGCUGCUUUACGGUACGGGACUUUGGCCUCUCGCGCGCGUCGCCGGUCGUGCUCAUCGAGCUCAUUCGUCUCGGUCGACUGCUCUUGACCAACUUUACGCAGCUCGUGACGUAUAUCUUUGUGAUGCAGCUCUUUGUCGCGACGGUCUUGGUGCUUGCGUACCUCGCGCCGUUCCCGGAAGUCGCGCAGCUCAGCGUCAUGUCGAUUCUGUGGCUGCUCUGGCUGCUCGUGCCGACGCUCUCGCUGUGCAUGCUCUCGUCGCCGCCGCACCGCGCGCUCAUGUCGCGCACGCCGCCCAAGAACGAGCCGCUUGAUUGGAGCGAAGUGCCCGUGUCUCGCAUUUGCGUCUACUUUGGCCUGCGCUAUGUGCCGUCCGCGCUCUUCGUGCUCGUCCUCUUCCAGUGCGUCUUUGGCCUCUCGCUGCAUAUGACGGCGAUGCGUCGUGGCGAUCCCAACGCGCUCUCGAGUGCGUGGUGGGACCACGCGUGGCACGACGAGGCGUUGUUUACGCACCCGCGGCCGCCGGCCAUCAACGCGGCCUUGGACCGCGCGGAGGGCAUGAUGCUCUUUGGCAUUGGCGUGUUUGCGAUCGUGACGAGCAGCGGCCACCUCUACCGCUCCGACAGCCUCUUUGCCGAGUCGCCGCUGCGCAACCGGCCGUGGCUCGUCGCCUCUUGUGUGCUCUUGCUGUUGCAGAUGGCGAUAUCGGUUCUGCGCAUGGGCCGCGUCGGUGUCGACGGCGUCGACCUCGAUGAGUUUCUGAGGCAUGUGCCGUGGUACUGCUGGGCAGCGCUUGGCGUGUGGCCACUGGUUGUCGUGUGCAUGGACGAGCUCGUCAAAGCCCACGACCACAAGCUCGUCGUACGCUACUACAAGUUUAUGCGCAUGCAGUUUGACACGCGUCUUGGCAUGUGGAGUCCACGCUGAGCGGCUGGGCAGAGAUACAUACAACCA